AUGGACAAUUCGACCAGCCGCCCAGCUUCGCACCGGCGGCCCCAGACGCCUGCGAUCACGGUCGACACCUCGGCCAUCAAUAAUGAACAAGAACCAUUCCCAGACGUAGAGGACCACUCUCCUACGUCACCGGCCUUCGAGGACACCAACACUCUAGCCGUUCCUACGAGGACAUCCCGCGCACAGUCAUGGGAUUCCAAUAAGUCGCAUCCUACACAAUCCCCUACGACUCCAGGAUCCGAUCCAGGGGACUCUCUACGCAAACCCUCGGCUGCUGGGGACAGCAAUAUAACGGGGACCACUAAAGAUGGAAAAAUCGAUCCGUUGAGUCCGGAUCCGGGCGAGGAGCAGCUCUACAAUGUUGCCAAUAAUCCUUUCGCCUUCUCACCAGGCCAACUCACCAAGAUUAUCAACCCAAAGAGUCUUGAAGCAUUUGUGGCCCUCGGUGGUCUUCCUGGUCUUGAAAAGGGUCUCCGUACCGACAGAGCGGCUGGCCUCAGUCUCGAUGAGGCCACAAUCUCGGAUCCCAUUUCCUUCGAAGAUGCUGUAGCGGCAGGCACCGACACAGUGAACCCAAAGAAGGCCGCUCUGGAUGUUAAUGCUAUUGCAAAGGAAGCUGGAAGUCAGCCGGGCGGCUCAGCUGGGAACGACUCUGAUGGGAACUUUGGCGACCGGAAGAGGGUGUUCGGCGAGAACCUUCUUCCCGAGAGGAAAUCAAAGUCCUUUUUGGAGCUCGCAUGGAUUGCUCUCCAGGACAAGGUCUUGAUCCUUCUGUCGGUUGCUGCUGUCAUUUCUCUCGCGCUCGGCCUCUACCAAACUUUCGGCAACAAGCAUCACCAGGGCGCCAAAGUCGAGUGGGUCGAAGGCGUUGCCAUCGUUGUCGCCAUCCUGAUUGUCGUUAUCGUUGGUGCUGCCAACGAUUGGCAAAAGGAGCGCCAGUUCCGGAAACUGAACAAGAAGAAGGAAGACCGCAUCGUCAAGGUCAUUCGCUCCGGCAAGCCGACCAAUCUUUCUAUCCACCGUGUCCUCGUGGGUGACGUUAUGCUGCUCGAAGCGGGAGACGUCAUUCCGGUCGACGGUGUCUACAUCGAUGGUCAUAAUGUCAGUUGCGACGAGUCGUCCGCCACGGGCGAGUCGGACCUGAUCAAGAAGGUUCCCGCUGCUGCUGUGAUGCAGGGCAUUCGCGAAGGUAACACGAACAUCAAGAAACUCGACCCGUUCCUCAUUUCGGGUGCACGAAUCCUAGAUGGUGUUGGCACGUUUCUCGUCACUGCUGUCGGCCAGAACUCCAGUCACGGUAGGACCAUGAUGUCUCUGCGCGACGAUCCUGGACAGACUCCUCUGCAGCUGAAGCUGAACAUUCUUGCUGGGUACAUUGCCAAACUUGGUAGCGCUGCUGGUCUGAUUCUCCUCGGUGUCCUCACUAUCCAGUUCCUCGCACGUCUCCGUGGGAACGACGACAGUCCCGACGAGAAGGGCCAGACGUUCCUCCAGAUUCUCAUCACCUCGAUCACCAUUGUUGUCGUUGCGGUUCCCGAGGGCUUGCCGCUUGCCGUGACUCUCUCACUUGCGUACGCGACAAAGCGAAUGACCAAGGAGAACAACCUGGUCCGCCACUUGCAGUCUUGCGAAACUAUGGGUAAUGCGACGGUCAUCUGCUCCGACAAGACCGGCACCUUGACCGAGAACGUCAUGACGGUAGUGGCUGGGUCUCUUGGCUCUGGGAGCGUGCGCUUCAACGAUCGAGACGACCAAGACGCGGAGGCUACCACCGAACCGACGACGCCUGCAAAGGAGGUGGAGGAUGAUGCCCGCACAUCUAACGGAACCCCAUCGACUCUACGCCUUCCGAUUGCCAAGCUCUCUUCAAGCCUAUCAGACGAAUACCGCAAGCUGCUCAAGGAAUCUGUCGCUGUGAACACGACUGCCUUUGAGGCCGAGGAGAAGGGAAAGCAGGUCUUUGUCGGCACGAAGACGGAGACAGCUCUCCUCGACUGGGCACGUAAAUGCUUCGCUCUCGGUCCUAUUGCCGAGGAGCGCUCCAGCUUCCCUACGCAGCAACUACUGCCCUUCAAUUCGAAGCGGAAGUGCAUGGGUAUCGUCAUCCGUCUGCCCGAGAACAAGUAUCGCCUCUUUAUCAAGGGUGCGCCGGAAAUCGUAUUGGGACAAUCCAACAAGGUCAUCGCAGACCCUACUUCCUCGCUCGCCCGCGCCAACAUGGAGGACCAGCAACGCGAGGACAUCAAGCGCACCAUUUCCGACUAUGCUAAGCAGUCUCUUCGUACCCUGGCACUGGCGUACCGCGACUUUGAGUCGUGGCCUCCCCCAAACUCUCGCAAGGAAGAGGGUACCGACAAUGUCGAGUUUAACGACCUGUUCAAGCAUCUCAACUGGAUCGGUGUUGUUGGUAUUCAGGAUCCUGUGCGAGGCAACGUCCCUAAGGCUGUGGCACACUGCCACAGUGCCUCCGUGUCCGUGAAGAUGGUGACGGGUGACAACAUUGAGACUGCCAAAGCUAUCGCCCGCGACUGUGGUAUUCUUACCGAGGGCGGUCGUGUCAUGGAGGGCCUGGAGUUCCGACGCCUCAGCGAUCAAGAUAGACGCGCCGUGGUUAGGGACCUGCAGGUUUUGGCGCGCUCCAGCCCCGAGGAUAAGAGGAUUUUGGUCAAGACACUGAAGUCUCUCGGAGACGUCGUCGCUGUCACUGGUGACGGUACCAACGACGCGCCCGCGCUCAAGGCUGCCGACGUUGGUUUCUCCAUGGGCAUUACGGGAACCGAAGUUGCCAAGGAGGCGUCUGACAUUAUUCUGAUGGACGACAACUUUUCUUCGAUUGUCGGUGCCCUCGCUUGGGGCCGAGCCAUUAACGACGCCGUCAAGAAGUUUCUCCAGUUCCAGAUCACGGUCAACAUCACUGCUGUCAUUCUCACCUUUGUCUCGGCUGUCGCCAGUGCCGAAGAGGAGGCUGUGCUCAAGGCCAUCCAGCUUCUUUGGGUCAACCUCAUCAUGGACACCUUUGCCGCGCUGGCUCUCGCCACCGACCCCCCGACGGAAUCGCAAUUGCGUCGGAAGCCGGAAGCCAAGACUGCGCCGCUCAUUACGUUGACCAUGUGGAAGAUGAUUAUCGGCCAGUCCAUUUACCAGUUGAUCGUAUCCUUUGUGCUGCACUUUGGCGGACCCAGCUUCUUGAAAUACCCCAAGGAUGAGAUGGACGCGCUCGUAUUCAACACCUUCGUGUUCAUGCAGAUCUUCAAGCUCAUCAACAGCAGACGUAUCGACAACGAGCUGAACAUCUUUGAGGGUCUGUCGCGCAACCGCCUCUUCUUGGUCAUGUUUGCCAUCAUGGUGGGCGGCCAGGUUCUCAUCGUUUUCGUUGGCAGCGACGCCUUUGUCGUGGUCCCGCUGACCGGACCCCAAUGGGGCAUCUCGCUUGUGCUCGGCUUCCUCUCGAUCCCGAUUGGUGUUCUGAUCCGUCUGUUCCCCGACUCAAUCGUCCGUACGUGCGCCCACUGGGUGGACAGGCACAUGCCCAGGAUCCCGAUGCCUAAGUUCCUCAAGCGCAAGAAGAACAAGUCGGACGAGGAGACACAAAACGGCGUCGGCACAGCGUUCCAGGGUAUCCGCGACGAUCUGCUCUUCCUCAAGCGAAUCCGUGGCGGCCGCAUCUACCUUGUUGGCGAUGCCAUCGUACACCCUGUGGAGGCGGUCCGACGCACGCGCAGCCGCAGCAGGACGGGUGGCUCCAAUUCAGAAGACGAACGGUCGUCCAUGUCGCCGAUGCGAUCCGCCAUGGGAUCGGCGGUCGGUAUGCCUGGCAUUAUCGCUGCCAGCAUUGGCGGCCUGUCCCCGAUUGAGCGCCAGCCGUCGACGUCCUCGGGCAUGAACGACUCGACGCCACUGCAGGAGGAAAAGGGUCGCCGGGACAGCGACGAGAAGGGGACCGGACCAGCGCAGCCGCAGCCAGUGGACAAGGCGCAAGAGUGA